AUGAUUGUCUCUACCAAGCUUAUCCUCGCCGUCCUGGCCUUUGACGCUGCCAUUGCAGCUGCAGCUCAUGCUCAUGGGCCUGCCAAUGUCGACUACGGCAACAUCUUUGGACGUAAUGGCGAAGUGGCUGUCACUGUGACUGUGACUGACUGCAACUCGGCUCCUGGCCCUGCUCCUUCGGGCCCUGCCACUUCAACUCCUGCCCCUUCGGCUCCUGCCACCACCAUUGUCAGCGUCUCCGUUCCUGGCGUGACUUCUGCCGUUCCAACUGGGCGUCCUGAAGCUCCUAUCACUUCUUCUGUUGAGCUUACUACCACUGGAGCUUCCACUGAAGUCCCUCCACCAUCGAUGUCCACUCCAGUUAGUGAGACAAAGACUUCAGUCGUUUCCCACGAGACCCCGCGUCCUACCCGCGCCUCUCCUUCUGAGACUGUGGUUACUCCAACUCCUUCUGCUAUGGCUUCUCGCCAUGUUGGCUUCAACGCAGUUCUGGCCGGUAUUAUCGGUGCUGCCAUCUUUGCGGCCUUGUAA